ACAGGUGUAGAAGCUCAAACCUGUGCUGUAGGCUCAACUCCCUGUGCGUGACAAACGUACAGGUUUCUAUUUGGUCAACACACGCGUUAUUUUUCUUUUCUUUGUCAACUCAAUUCCACUGUUUCAGUGCAUUUGUUUACUGGGCGUAUUUCUCUGCUUCUGUUUGUUCUUUCUUCUUCUUCUUUUUCUUCUUCUUCUUCUUCUUCUUCUUCUAGGUGCAGCAGAAGACCUUUCCAUGCACCCAAAAUGAUGCAGUUUACAACUUGCACUGAAUGAUAGUCAGCUCGUAUUAGUGGACAACAAUGGGGGAUUUUUAUUUUUUUUAGGCAUCGCAUGUGAGAUUUGAAUAGAAAACACUGCUUCAUGUUGCACCUGCCCACAGGUGUUUGUGGACUUUUAGCUGCUGCACGGCACUGCGCUUCCUGUCUGGACUUUAUGUAGAUAUCGAUUAUGGAAGCUUAAUGACAGAAGUUUUAACCGCGAAGAAGAAACUCGAUUCAGACCAGUCUUUUUUUGUUUGGACUGAAGAUGGAGUGGACCGGGCAAAGGGCAAAAUGUCUGGCGCUGCUUUUACUAGUUGUGGUGGGUGUACAGGGUGUCUUUGUGGAGCCUCUUCAGCCCGUCAUCUCGCAGCGCUCCCUGGCAGAGAGUGAAACCAGGCUCCCCUGUCACUACAAGGUGGAGGAGGGGGAGAAGGUGGUGCAGGUCACCUGGUUCAAGGAGCUCCCAGGUGGCAGAAAGGACCAGAUCAUCACUGCCCACUUCAGUGACGGCCACACAGAGUUCGGACAUUACUCGGGGCGGGUGAGGUUCGAGAGCCGGAGCCCCACGGAGAACUCGGCUCUGCUCAUCCUCAGCACAGAGGAGUCGGACGAGGGGAGGUACGCCUGCCACAUCUCCACCUUCCCCUACGGAAGCUUUGAGAGGCACAUCAUACUCACCGUCUGGAUUUUACCCAUCUCCUCCCUGGAGCCCGUGUUCCUGGUGGAGGGCCAGACGUUCUGCGUGGCCGCCUCCUGUCGAGCGGUGGGUCGCCCGACUCCCCGCCUCUCCUGGGACACCGACCUGCCAGGCGAGUCUCAUAACCGCACCACAGAGGGCGGGUCCGUGUCCAGCCACUACUCCCUGCACCCGCUGCGUGGCAUGAACGGGAAGAAGCUGGACUGUUUGGUGUGGCAUCCUGGCCUGGAGCAGCCGCGCCGGAUCUCAAACCGCCUGGUGGUUCAUUACCCCCCAGAUGCCACGAUCUCCCCUGCUACAGGAGACUUGUUCGUGGGAUCGGAUAAAGCUGAGCUGGUCUGCAGCAGCGGCGGAUACCCCAAACCUCAGAACAUCACCUGGACGUGGAGAGGAGGAGCUUUGCCAGAUGGGGUGUCUGUGGUGGGAGACAAACUUGUUUUUGGGCGCCCCCUUCGUCUGAGUGACAGUGGGGUCUAUCAGUGUGUGGCCACGAACAACGUGGGAGUGGGGAAAACAGAAUAUAUGCUGACAGUAGCUGAUAAAUUUCGACAGACGGGCGGGUCCCCCAUUGACAACCAUUUGCUGAUCAUAAUCGGUGCUUUGGCUGGAGCUUUGGUCAUGAUCCUGGUCAUUGUUGUCCUGGUGGUCAACUGCUACCACCGCAAGAAAAACAAAAAGCUUGAGAUGGAGCUCAAUGAAAAAACGGAGGAAAUUAACAGCCUCUCCAGACAAACCUCCUUCAGGAGACUGAACUCUGUCAGCACAGACCCCAGAGGGCAGUCUGAAGAUUACGCCAUGCUCAGAGUGGACAGCCGAAUGAAAAACAGCCAGUUGUCUCUGGAACGACCCAUCUACAAAGGCAGCCAGUCCACUCUGGGCGGGAAGUGGGGGCCCGGGGGAGGAGUGGAGGUGGACGAACUGGGACGUCCUGUCGUCUGGCAUGAGGGCAGAGAGAGCCUGAGAGGAGCAGAGAUGGACAGAGAGAGGGAGGAGCGCAGGAGGAGGGUGGAGUCUUACCUGAAGAGCAGCAACAUGUCACUGGACUCAGGUCUGCCCUCUUCCUUGGUUCCUGUGAAGCCCCAGCAGGACGACGGCGUUGGACCCAGAGACCAAGACCUGGCCCACCGCAGGGAGGGAGACUCCCCACAGUCGGUAGCUGAGGAACACGAGGAUGACGAACACAGCAGCUCCUAUCAGAUCUCAGAGGCACUCAACAACCACUUCUACUACAGCAACGGGGUCCUCAGGCCCAGACCACACUCCAAUGCCAUUCUGCUGAACCCCAGAUCACAGAUCAUCUAGACCACAGACUCCAUAAAAUGAACAAGGAGAGAGAAAGCAUUCCUGCAUUGAAAACGACCUCAGUGACCUCACAGUAAUGGGAUGUUUGAUUUGUACACAUUGACUGCACUGGGUGAUUAGUCAAGAACGCUCUAAACUUUGUUUAUUUUUCUAUCCUUUACCCUAACCCUAUAGUUGGAAACUUUUAAAUAAUUUUUUGGGGGCAUUUUAUGUGUUAUGCUUAGAUAGCUGGCAGUGGAGAGACAACAUGAAAUGAUGUGAGACAUCGUGAAUUUCAUAGCAAAGGCCCCCAACAGGGACAGGCAGGUUGCAGUUCAAGACCACCAGGCUGUCCCACAAUUAUGAAGUUUCUGACAUUGUUUUGAAGACCCACUGAUUGAGUUUUUCCUUUCAAAAAUCACCAUCUUUCACCGCAUCUUUCUCUCCUUGAAUGUCCAAGGAAUAAAUGUUCCUGUUACACGACGUUUACUGUAUUAUCUGCAGUGCUGAAAUUUCGCACCAACUGCUGGGCUACAGCUGGGCACUCAAAUUAGAAUUCCUAAAGGGAGAUUCCAGUUACCUGUUUACAUCAUAAAGAAGAUGUGGACAAACACCACAAUGUUUGGCCAAGUGAAGAGUAAACUGUACUCAAAACUUUGAUUAUUUUCAGCUUAGAGGCACCUGUGGAUAAAAAGCGAGUGUGUGUGUAUUCAUGUAUCUAUGUAUUAUAUAUAAAGAAGAGAUGGAAGGAGGCACUGUGUGUUUACUGUUAUGUAAAUAAGAGCUACCUGCAGCUAUGAAAAGGUCAAAAUUACCCUGAGGACCUGGAGACAGACAUGGACGACGAUUUUAAAACUGUUCAUGCUGGUAGAAACCCCAUCUACGUUAACGGGACAAUGCACACCAAUGGACAGACCGGAUGAAACAUGCAGGAGGUGAAAUGUAAAACACCACUGUGUAUCAGCACACACUCAGUUGUUUAUAUGUUGUUGUGUAAAUUGUUUUCUAUCCAUUCAGUGUUUUUCUAUGAAACCGAAACAAAAACCUGAUAUGUAAAUGCUGAAAUGUUUAUUCAUAAAAGUACAGCAUAAAAACAACGUCACGGUUCUUUGUCAUAACCGGGGACAGUGAAGCUUGUUUGAGCCCACACGAGGUUAAAGGCCGCCGCUGAUCACAGCUGUUAACUGUUAGCUGUUAAGUAACACAGCAUUUGCAUGAACCUGUAGUGAUUUCCUGGUUUAUUCUUGUUCUGACGUUUACAUCCACAUUAACUCAGCAGUGACUGAAAUAAUUGAAAAUGUGGAUACAAGUAUAAAAAGUGUGUGUUUUCACUUUGUGUUGCAGGGUGAUGAGUUCAGUAACCUCAGAGAACCUCUGUAUUAAAUUUUAAGUUCGACAUUUUGAACUAA